AUGGAAAUGAAAUACUCAUCAUAUCUCUCUCUUUCUUCCUUCCUUUUCAAGGAUACUUUGAAAGAAAGAGUAAAGAGAAAAACUGAGAAAAGUGAUGGGAAAAGAAAAGCAGCUAGCAAGGUCACCUGGAACUGUGUUCCUUUGAAUAGUACUGGCAGAUUCCCUUCCUUCCGUUCACCAAAGCAAAGCUUGCUCUAGCUAUUUAUAAUUUUAAUCACUAAGUACUUGAUCAUCUUGGGAUUUUCAAUCUUAUUCCUUUCCCUUUCCCUUUAAGACCAUAUAGUAAAUUCAUAUUUCAUUAUGGAAUCUACCAACAACAAUCUCCAAUAUCAUCAUCCUCAACACCCUCUUGAAGCUUCUUCUUUAUCACCCCCAUCCUCCUAUGCUCAUGUUGGCGGAACCAACCAUUCUUGGACGCCAAAUAUCACUUUGAAUGCAGGUAGUAACUUCAAUCAAAACUUUCAAGAAGCUGAUCCCACUUCAAGAGAAUCUAUGAUCCAAGAUUUAGGUUAUCAUUACCAGUGGGCAAGUAAGGAAGAGAUCUCAAUUUUCCCCCCCAAAUUCAGUGAAAUACUAAACACUCCUUCCACUGCACAGAUGAAGAGUGAGCAGAGAGAUAUGAAUGAGAAAAAGCUUUUGCACAGUGCUCAAAGUUAUUAUCCCAAUUUGAGCGGUACAACAAGUAGAGGGAACUUUAGCCAGAUUUACCCAAGUAUAAGUAUAUCACCCACUUAUUCCACUUCAGUUUCAAGCUCUUUCGGUAUGAGCACGCAGUCCUUAGAUCUAUUAACACCAACAGGAUCAUUCAGUGCGGGUUUGAGCCAGCAUUCACAGGAUGACCAUGAUCUUGGUGCAUUCAGUGAUCACAACCUUUCUUUUAGUCUUCAUCAUAUGCAGCACCCUAAUCACAGGUCCUCGUGUAGUAACACUACUAAUAUUCAGCAGCCUUCUUCACACUUCACCAAUGGCGGAGCAGAAGCUAAGAGACCCGGCACUUUGAUGGAGUCCAUGGUUUGUGAAUCUCAAACAGCGUCGAAGAAAUCACGAUUGGAUUCAUCACGCCCUCCAUGCCCGCCACCUUUGAAGGUUAGGAAAGAAAAAUUAGGAGAUAGGAUUGCAGCUCUUCAGCAGUUGGUUGCUCCUUUUGGCAAGACGGACACAGCAUCUGUACUCAUGGAAGCUAUUGGAUACAUCAAAUUCCUUCAAGGCCAAGUCGAGACACUGAGUGUUCCAUACAUGAAGAAGCCAUCACAGAACCACACUAACAGAACCAUGCAAGGGGGUACAGCCACAGACGAAGCAGAUGGGGAAACAACGCAAGAUCUUAGAAGCCGAGGCCUCUGUCUCGUGCCAUUGUCGUGCAUGUCGUACAUAGCAGGCGAUUGCAUCAUCAGUGAGGUGUGGCAACAACCAAACUUUGGUAGAGCGACUUAGUACUGAUCAACCUUUUCCAAUCAAAUGAAAGUUAAGCUGAACAUGAUCUCGGAGAAAAGAAGGAGAGAAUUCCGAGACCAUGUUAGGAGCUAAAAACAUGUCCCUUGUUAUUUUAAUUAUUAGUUUAAUGGACCAAACUUGGUCUUCUAUCACAAGACCCAAGGAUAGCCAAGUUUGAUCCAUUAAAUUAAAACAUAUUGUACCAUUAACUUUUACUUUCUUUUUUUGGCAGCCAUUUUAUUUCAGGUUACCUAACAUGAUUUUAAGUGUCUGGCUAUGUCUAACUUGGAAAAAAAACAUGUUAAUAAGUUAAAAAUGA